UAUAGUUUCUAAUGUCUGGUAUUGAAUUUUUAAUAUUAGUAUUGAAUUGCAUAUAUAUUAGGAGUUGAUAAAGAGUAAUUUUCUGAUUCAUAACUGCUAAGUACUUUUCCUGUGGUUACCAGUCUUUGGUUUUCUGUGUUAUGGAUGUGAUAGUGGGAAGUAGUACCAUUUUGACACCAAAUUUAGUGGGGUUAAUUUAAAUGGGAAUAUUUACCACUUCAAACCCAGUGAUUGUGCUGUCAGGGCAGUAAUACACAUCUUCAUGCUUGGAUAGGAGGUGGGGUUCUUAGUGAGGCACCUUCAUAUUCAGCUUAAUGUUGAAAAGUAGAUGGUGUUCCAGAUACUUUACUUUUCACAGCUUUUUCAGCAACAUAAUACUUGAUAGUAAGACUAUUUUAAAAUUACUUUUUUUAUGGAAUUGAUCUCCCCAAUCCCCUGAUUGGCUAUGUGAAUGGUUUUUAGCAAAUAUUUCAUACAGACUCAUGUACCUACCAACCAAAUGCUAUCUGUAAUGAGAAGUGAACAUCUGUCACUCUCUUCCUUCAGCUCCUCCCUUAUGUUGCCAUUAUGUUUUUAGUGCAUUUAUUUUACAAUUUAUCCAUUCAUUAAAUCUGCUACUGAAUCAGGAGAUUAUAAAUAGGUUAUUAGUCUGCAUAUUCCCACACAGUGUUGUGCUUGUUGGAGGGUAAAGGCGGAAUGAAUAAAUGAAUGUGAUUAUAGUUAUGCUGUUGUCUUCUGCUGAGUGGCGCUUAAGCUACUAGGUGAAGAUGCUGCAGGCCUACUUCUUCCUCUUCUAGGCACUGAGUGUAUGAGAGCAAAUGAGCUCUGUUUUCAAGAAAUUCCUGAGUAUAAAGCAACAUUUCUAGAUAACACAGAUUAUGGAAUUAUUUUUAUUUAUUUUUAAAGAUGUUUAAGUGUUUAAAAUAUGUAGUUGAAGAAAGGACUUAGCUUGUUGUUCUCCCAGUUGUAUUCAUUUCCUUUGUUGAAUGUUUUGCUGGCACAGACUGAUGAGUGGUCAGGGGAGAAGGGAAGAAGGAGGAGUCAGAAUUAGUGCUGAGGAUGAGCAUGGAUCUUUAUAGAGUUAGAAAAGAUAGGAGCACUGGCCUGUACAUUAAGAAUAGAGCAAAAAAGCAAGGUGCAAGAAAGAAAGAUAGACAAAGGUUUGUUUUUAAACAGCAUCAAAUACCGAAUGCCCAUUAUGUGACAGAUACUGUUCUAUUCUGCAGGAUAAAAAAUAAAAUAAAUCCGGUGCCUGUGUUGCGAGCGCAAGGUCCUGAGUUCGAUCCCUGGUACAAAAAAUAAAUAAAUAAAAUAAAAUCCCUGUCCUGACAGAGCUGACAUUCUUAAGAAAAGUCUUGGACAUUCUUGUCCAGAAACUAAAGGAUUAAACUAAAAUGGCUCCAAAGGUUAAAUGAAGCUGGAAAAACACACAGAUGCAGCAUUGAAGCCUCUCCAGAUGUUUGGGGAUAAUAUUCCAGAGAGAAAAUUGAUCCCUGUGGAUUAAGUAACUAGUCAUAAUGAAGAAAAUUAGUCUUAAAACCUUCCGAAAGUCUUUUAACUUGAGUAAAAGUAAAGAAGAAACUGAUUUCAUGGUAGUACAACAACCAUCAAUAGCCAGUGACUUUGGAAAAGAUGAUGCCUUGUUUGGUAGCUGCUAUGGUAAAGAUAUGGCCAGCUGUGAUAUCAAUAGUGAAGAUGACAAAGGUGGGAAAAACAGAUCAAAAAGUGAGAGCCUGAUGGGAACCUUAAAAAGGCGGCUUUCUUCUAAGCAGAAGCCAAAGGGCAAGGGCAGCACACCGUCAGGAAGCUGUGCCGAUGAGGACACCUUCUCCUCCUCCUCAGCCCCCAUCGUCUUCAAAGAUGUCAGAGCGCAAAGGCCGAUCAGGUCCACUUCCCUCCGCAGUCAUCACUACAGCCCCACGCCCUGGCCUCUCCGGCCCACAAACUCCGAGGAGACAUGCAUCAAAAUGGAGGUCAGAGUCAAAGCCUUGGUUCACUCUUCCAGCCCGAGUCCUGCAUUGAAUGGUGUUCGAAAGGAUUUUCGUGACCUUCAGUCUGAAACUGUAUGCCAAGAGCAAAAUAAUUCUCUUAAAAGUUCUGAUUCUCCCAAUGGAGAUUUACAUCUCCACCUGGAUGAACAUGUGCCUGUAGUUAUUGGACUUAUGCCUCAGGACUACAUUCAGUAUACCGUGCCUUUAGACGAGGGGAUGUAUCCUUUGGAAGGAUCACGUAGCUAUUGUCUGGACAGUUCUUCACCCAUGGAGGUCUCUGCGGUUCCUCCUCAAGUGGGAGGGAGCUCUUUUGCUGAAGAUGAGAAUCAGGUAGACCAGGACCUAGUUGUUGCCCCAGAGAUCUUUGUGGAUCAGUCUGUGAAUGGUUUGUUGAUUGGCACCACGGGAGUCAUGUUGCAGAGCCCCAGAGCAAGUCAUGAUGAUGUCCCUCCACUUUCACCUUUGCUACCUCCAAUGCAGAAUAAUCAAAUCCAAAGGAACUUCAGUGGACUCACUGGCACAGAUGCCCAUGUGGCUGAAAGUAUGCGUUGUCAUUUGAAUUUUGAUCCUAAUUCUGCUCCUGGGGUUGCACGAGUUUAUGACUCAGUGCAGAGUAGUGGUCCCAUGGUUGUGACAAGCCUUACAGAGGAGCUGAAGAAACUUGCAAAACAAGGAUGGUACUGGGGACCGAUCACACGCUGGGAGGCAGAAGGGAAACUAGCAAAUGUGCCAGAUGGUUCUUUUCUUGUUCGGGAUAGUUCUGAUGAUCGUUAUCUUUUAAGCUUGAGCUUUCGUUCCCAUGGUAAAACACUUCACACUAGAAUUGAGCACUCAAAUGGUAGGUUUAGCUUUUAUGAACAACCAGAUGUGGAAGGACAUACAUCUAUAGUUGAUCUAAUUGAGCAUUCAAUCAGGGACUCUGAAAAUGGAGCUUUUUGUUAUUCGAGGUCUCGGUUGCCUGGAUCUGCAACUUACCCUGUCAGACUGACCAAUCCAGUGUCACGGUUCAUGCAGGUGCGUUCUUUGCAGUACCUGUGUCGUUUUGUUAUACGUCAGUAUACCAGAAUAGACUUAAUUCAGAAACUGCCUUUGCCAAACAAAAUGAAGGAUUAUUUACAGGAGAAGCACUACUGAAAGAUUGAGAACCCUGCAUCGUGCACUUUGGGAAAAAGAAAAAGAGAUUGAAAUACAGUUUACAAACUUUCAUUGCCAUCAGAAUACUUUUGCUGCCAUAACUAUUUUAGUUUUCUGUGUAAUAGUCACCAAUUUGUUUAGGGGUGGGGAAGUGUCUGCAAGGUGUCUGGUUUAUUUUGAUUCUUUCAAAAGGGAUGUCUUGAUGUUCUAGAAGUGUGAAUUAUCUUUCAUUAAUGUGUAGAAUAAUCACAAUGUGAAUUAUCAGAUUAUUAUUGCCCCCCCAGUCCUUUGCUGCUAUCCACUGUGAUUUUUAUGCAUUAAAAGCACAUUUCAUGUGUAUUCAACCCUAAGUGAAGUUGAAUGAAGCUUAUAGAAUGAAAAUUGCUUUGUCUUUUUAAAUGACCCAUUUUGAGAAGAUAAUAUUGCAUAAAUGUGUGUAAUAAAACAAUUUACAUAUACACUGAACAUGAGCUUUUAAAAUCUCAUACUUUAAAAAGAUUUAUUCAGAUUUAUGAAUUGACAUAAUCUUGGUUAAUGGAAUGCAAAUCUGCAACAUCUUUUACAAAACUUUUCUAAAUUAUUUUUAAGGUAGUGCUUUUUUUUUUGGUUGUGAAAAGCUGAAUUUUUUGUUGCCUUCAUUUUCAUCUUGUACUUUGUGUAUUUUAAUAAUGGCCUUACAUUAAAAAAUUGUAAAGGAAUAUAUACCACCAAUUUAGAAAUUGUUGCCUUUUCUGUCAUUAAACUCGGGUACAAAUUGGCAUAAAGACCUAUGGAACUAGAACUAUUACUACAGAAAUGUGACGAUCAUAGUUUCCUGUGAUAGGGCUUUUUGUUAUGUGUACUUUCUUUUGGUUAAAUGUUUUAUCUGCAGUUUCUUUAGUCAGUAUUUUUUUUGAGUGAACUUGAUUGUACAACCAAUUUUUAUAAAUGGACUGGAGUCUUUUACAACAUUAAAGUUUUAAAUGGAUUUGAAUGUAAAGAAGAGAUUAUUUUAAAAUUGAAUUUAAUUUUUUUUAUGUAGUUGCUAUUAAAUUGUGCUAGAUUUGUCCUCUUCUCAGUAAAAACAGCCCUUAAUGAGUUUAGCUGAAAAAUUCUGAAAAUUGUGGAACAUCAUGUCAGAAAAAUACUAAGCCCAUAUCAGGUAUAUGGAAGUUUUGUUUCCUGCCAGAUAUACUGCCACUGAAGAAUAAGGUUUUUGAUUUUUAAAUUAACUACAUUUUAAGUAAUUUGGCAUCUCUCUGGUGUUUUACCUCCUUGGUAUUCAGUCUUUGGGAUGUUAUACCUAAUAAUUUUUAAAUACAGACCAUUCAUUUAUUUCACAGUUCUGCAGUGUAGUAUCUUAGGAUUUUCCUGUUUAGAAUAUGUUUCCAGCUACACAAGCUUUUAAGGAAAAUGUUUCCAUCUUAGAUGGACAUGAAAUUUGUUGAUGUUUCUUCUUUUGUCACUUCAAGUUUUUCUUUUACCUCUUAAACAGAGUAAAAGUAUUCAGUCAAAUUUACUGGCUCUUAUCUUUCAAACAUACCUGUAUUCUCAGUUUUUUCUGUGUUUUCUUUUUAGGAUCAGAACUGAAAUAUUGCCAAGAAAAGGCACAAUGCCCUAAUAUCACGGUGUUACGAUACUUUGACCCAAAAAGGGAAAGGGACCUAAUUUUGGUGGGAUGUUGAUUGUACCUUGUUACAAAGUCUCCUCUUCAUUUUUUGAUGUUUUCACCUAAUGAGAUAGAAUACAGAGUGUGCUAUAAUAUAAUGUAAGUGUUCGCUAUAAGCUGUUUGGAUUAAGAACUAUUGCCGAGUUGUAAGCUUGUUAUCAAAUUAAUGCAAGACAUUUAACUAUUUUUUUGCAAAAUUAUUUAUUUUUAAGCAACUUAAAAUAUGUGUAGGGUGAGUAGAAAGUUCCUGUGCAUCUACGUUAGAUGGCAGGUGUUGUCAGAGUCGCCGUGUAUUAAUGGUAAAUGUCAAGGUGGCAACUCUGUCUCCUGAAGCAUUUAAAUAUCCUCCUGUGAAUACAUGGUGCAGAGUCUGGACUCUGUGAGCCUGUCUCUCACAUGGAUGUAGCCUAAUCUCUACAUUUUCUCAUGCUGCCAUACAUUUAAAAUCUACCCAUUUAGUUUUAAGAUUGUUCUUAUUUUCAUCUGAAUGUUUUAAAAACUGUGUUUUGUAUUUUUUGGAGGGCAAGUGUGGAUACUGUUGUAAUUCAGAAAGCCAAUUUUUGAUGUGCUUUUCUGUAUGCAUAAUACAAAAUACCUUUGUAAAGUAAUACGCUCUAUUUUAAUCCAAUUUGAAAUUAUGUGUUGAUUAUAUAUUUGCCAAAAAUUAAAUUUACAAACAAAGUUGUAUGCAAAAUUUUCUGAGUUUGUGUAGAGAGGCAGCCAGUUGAUAGGGAAUCUUCCAGUUAUAAUGUAGAAGAUUGACUUUCUGUGAUACAACAGUCUGGUGAAAUAUGGAAAUGGAGGAAAGAGAUCAUCCUGUAGCUUGGUCUAGGUGCAAUUUGGUUAAAUUUUUAGAUUCUGUUUAAUGGUAACUUAGAUGAUAGGAACAAAACCUAGAAGUGAUUCUUAAAUAAAUACUUUUAAAAAUCUGAGUUUAAGGUAAGAAACAAAGAAAACAGGAGAGCUAUAUCCAUGUGCCACAGUAAGUGAAUCAGAGGUGUUUUAAAAUCAAAUAUUUCAUCACAAAACAUGAUGGAGGCUGGAAGCUAUUUUGAAGUUUACUAGGACACUAUGCAUUUUCGUAAUUAAUAAGAAAGCUAUAGAAAGUACUUGAAAAAUAUCUUUCUUAGUGCAAUAAUCUAAAAAUUUAGAAGGUCACAUUUUACCACAGGAAAUGAUCAUAGAACUAAAAACAGUUUUAAGGAAACCAGCUACACAGGGCAACCCUCUUGCUAUUGAAGAAAAUCAUGUGCCAAAAGGCUAAAUCAUUGGCAUAUAGGAAAUAAAACACAAAGUAGACAUUAUAAUUUCUGAGCCAGUAUUGUUAAAACAAGAUAAAAGUUACUAAAAUCUUAGAUUUAUGCAGUGUCUCUGCUAAUGCUACAAGUCUUAACUGCUUUCAGGAAUGCAAAUUUUGAUUACAUUUCUCAUUGUAUAUGAGAUAUUGCUUUAUGAAUGAUUCAAAAUAAUAUAUUUUGAUUUAAACCUUAAUUGCUUUUCAUUGAAUGUGAAGUAUUAAUUUGAAAAUGAAAUCACACUACCAGCAAUGGAUAGUUUUGUUGAAUACUCCAAGGAACAAUAGCCAGUUCCAUAAAUAACUUUAAAAUUCUAAAGGUAUUGGUACGUUAGUAAUUACAAAUUUGGUUUCUUUUAAUACUUUUUUAAUCCUGUAGGAAGGUUUUUUUAUAAACACCCUUUUUAUUGAUGAGUCAUAACGUGGCAAAAGUAUGUAAUUGCUGUUUCUGAAAACUAAUCCAAACUCUAAAUCCAGAGGUGUUGGGAAAUUCUUACAGAAUUUUGUAAUAGUAAUGUUGGGUUAAAGAAAUUUCAUAGUUGUUGGAGUGCCAUGAAAUUAAUACUUGCAAUCCAGAUUGCUGUAGUUUACACUUUUUCUGUAUGUUUCAAAUCAGGUGUGUACCAUUUGUACUGAGAACACCACAGAAUGAACUAUCCAAAGUCCAUUGAUUUUAAUAUGUGUUUUGGUUUGUAAACAAAUUAUAGUAAUUUCUUGCACAUUUUUGGAAAUUAAUUAUAUAAGAAUUUAUGUAUCUGCUUCUAGAUACAGUGUGUAAAUAAAAAUUUCAUUCACAAGA